AUGUAACAAGAAAUUAAUGAUAAUAGUAAAUUUAAGUCUCUAUCUAUUACUUUAGAUUAAGUACAGAUUUAAUUGAAUAAAGAAUAAAAUCAUGAUGAAACUAUUAAAAAGGAGCUUGACUAAUUAGAAUUUAGAAAAGAAAUUUAAUUAAAAAAUGAUGAUUUAAAUAACAUUAACAUUUAGCAGAUAAAAUUAGAAAAAUCAAAAAAGAAAAACGAUUUAAAAUAAAGAGACAAAGCUUUUUAAGAAUAUUUUCAGAAAGGUAAUAAAUUCUAUAAAUUAGGUUUAUAAUUAACACGUCUUCAAAAUUACAAGGAAGCUAUUGAAAUGUAUAAUAAAGUAAUCAUAAUAAAUCCAAAAUAUUAUCCUGCUUUAAAUAAUAAAGGUUGCAAAUUAUUAUUAUUUAGGGUUAUUACUAUCAAGAUUAAAUUAAUAUGAAGAGGCGUUGAUAUAUUUUGAAGAAACUAUACUGUUAUAACCUAAUAAUCAUUAAGUUUAUAAUAAUUAAGGUAUAAAAAUUUAACCAAAAAUCUUAGGACUUGCGUUAACAAAACUAAAGAGAUAUGAAGAAGCAAUAAAUAGUUUUAAUCAAGCAAUUUUUCUAAAUCCUAAUAAUUGGAAAGCUUUUCUCAAUAAAGGUAUUUAUGAUUAUUAUUUUUUGGCUAUGCAUUGGAAAAUUUGAAUUAAUCAGAUCAAUCUCUAGAAUGUUAUGAUAAGGCUAUUGAACUAAAUCCUCAUUCUGAUGAAGCAUAUUACAAUAAAGGUUCUAUAAUUAAAAAUGAUUAGGCUCUUUAUUAAGAAAACUAGAUCGUUAUGAAGAAGCUUUGGAGUACUUAAAUAAGGCCAUUCAAAUUAAUCAUAAAAGUGAUAUCGCUUUAACCAACAAAGGUAUUUAAGUAUUCAAUUUAAGGACUUACUUUAAUUAAACUGAAUUAAUGGGAGGCAGCUAUUCAAAUUUUUGAUUAAGCAUUAAAAAUUAAUUCAAAAAAUUACAAAGCUGUACUUAAUAAAGGUUAAUUUUUAUUAAAAACUUAGGUUUUGCAUUACUUAAUCUUUUCCAAUAUGAUUAAGCAGGUGAAUAAUUUAACUAAGCUCUUAAAUUAAAUCCAAAUUAUGAUAAAGCCUAUUUAAACAAAGGUUAGAGUAUCUUAAUAUAAGGUGUUUUGCUAAAUAGAUUAUCUUAAUUUCAAGAAGCCAUAGAAAACUUUGAUAAGGCUAUUGCAAUCAACUCUAAAUAUGCAGAAGCCUAUUUUAAUAAAGGUGACUAUAAUUGAUAUACUUUAUAUAGGUAUUGCAUUAUAAUCCUAAGAAUUGCAUUAAGAAGCAAUAACAUUAUUUGACAUAGCAUUAUAAAUAUCUCCCAAACUAAAUUUUAAAAGAUAAAAAGGUUUUACUUAUCAUGAUAAAAUUAGCCAUUUCUUUAUUUUUUGUAAAUAAGUUCUCUAUGGUUAAAUAUUAUAUGCUAGAAUAAGGAUUCUCCUAAAAAGAUAUAAUAACAUAUCUAAGAAAUAAAAGAUGAGAUAAUUUAAAUAUUCAUAAUAAUAAUAAUAAUUUUAUAAUAAACAAUUUGUGUUUUUACAAAAAUUAAUUAAAAAUUUACCUUUAUUUCUAGUUAAUUUAGUUUUUUUGAGUGGAUUUACAAUUUUAUUCAAAAAUUCCUUAUUAAAUAAGGAUCCUUUUUAGCAAUAAUUAGAGAAAUUCGAUUAAUUGAUUGUUUGA